AUGGCUCCCGCCACGGCUCUGUUGACGCGCGCCGAAUCCUCAACCUCGUCCAUCGGAUCUCACAUCGACGUCGGCCCACUGGCAGCUGACGACAGCGCCGACGAGCCUUCCGCCUCCACCCCGCCCACCAGCGUCUCCGACAGUCGCAGCAUGAACUCGAGCAAGGCGGUCGAUGACUCUGCCCCGCCCGCUGAGGAACCUGCCCGGCGUACAAGACGUGCACGACCUACAAGUUCAUACAAUCUCAAACAGCUUUCUACCGCCCAGCAGCCUCUCACCACCACUUCUCGCAAUGCUUCCGGCUUAUCCGGCCGCACACUAGUCGACAACGCCAAAGACGACGAGCGAGAUACUCCACUCGGCGACAAACUUGACAAGGCCCUCAACAAAGACUGGGAGAUUCCCAAUGAAUCGCCUAAAGGAAAAUUGCCCUCUAGAAUCCAGCGCCAAUCGAGCAUUAGGGAUCGCGUCAAGAAUGCGGCGGGCAAGGCAGGUUCAGUUUUGGGCAAGAGAACCCGCGACAUGGUCGAGACUGGCAGAAGACGACUCGGUAUGACCAAGGAAGAGCAGAGUCCUCAGAAGAAUAAGCUUCUCAAGGAAUUGGACUUGGGCAAGGGAGGCGUAUUGGAUGAGAUGGACCUGGAAGAAGAUUUUGCUGUGCCCACAUUCGCCCGCCCAACCAAACGUUCCAAGACAGAGGCCAAAACAGCGCUGCGAGAAAUCACUCAGCCAAUGACGAUUGGCCAGUUCCAGAAGACGUCAGACGGCAAGAAAGUCAAGAAGUGGCAGCCAGCUGGUCUCUUCGCGGGUCAAGACGAGGAUGCUGAUCCCUCUCACGCUGGAUCAAGGAAGAAAUUGCAGAAGAAGCGCCCAGGGUCGUCCACAUCCGAAGCUGCUCCAGAGCCCAAGAAACGCUCUGUCAUGCCUUUGCCCAUGUUCAGUUAUCUAGACAAUUCUCGUGACUUUGUCAUCCCGUACGACGUGUUUGCUCCAUCCUGGAAGAAGGGUGACGAGAAGCCCAAGGAUUGGCACAAGAUCAACAGGAACCGUCUUGUCGGUGAUGCCAAGGAACUGUGGGACCGCAGCGAACGACUCGCACAAUCGGCAUGUGUCUGCCCAAUUCCUGCUAAAGGCGAGGCUGGAUGCGACGAGACCUGUUUGAACCGUGUGAUGCAGUACGAGUGUGGCAAAGACAAUUGCAACCUCGAUCCUUCACAAUGCAGCAACCGACCUUUUGCAGAGCUUGGAGAGCGAAUCAAGAAGGGUGGAUCUUUUGAUAUUGGCGUAGAAGUCGUCAAGACCGACAAGCGUGGUUUUGGCAUUCGAGCAUGUCGAUCUUUCCGGCCUGGCCAGAUUAUCAUGGAGUAUACUGGCGAGAUCAUCUCAGAGGCCGAGUGCCAGCGUCGCAUGCGAGAGGAUUACAAAGACAAAGCAUGCUACUACCUGAUGGAGUUGGAGCGCAAUUUGGUCAUUGACGGAACGAGAGGUAGCAUGGCUCGUUUCAUAAAUCACUCUUGCGACCCCAACUGCGAGGUACGCAUGUUGAAAGUUGGUGGGACACCUCGCAUGGCUGUGUUUGCUGGGGACUCUGGAAUCAUGACUGGUGAGGAACUCACAUACGACUACAACUUCGACAACUUCGGGGAAACACGCCAGCCAUGCUAUUGCGGCGCUGGAAACUGUAGAGGUUAUCUCGGGAAGCGCUUGAACGCCGCUGAGCAGAAGAAGAUGGCGAAGUUGGAAGAAGAAAAGAGACGUGAGGCUGCGGCGUUGGCGGCCAAGGCAGCAGCUAAGGAACUGGCCAAGAAGAAAGAAAAGGACAGUCGUGGGAGUGGAUGGCGUGGCUGGGUUCCAGUGGAUGAUCCUGAGGUCAAGGCAAAGCUGAGAGAACAGAAGAAGCAGGCUGAAGAAGCAGCGAUGAACUCUUCGCGUGCUCAGCGUCUGGCCGCUCGUGCACGUCGUGGUUCGAUGCCUGCAUCUGAAGCUAAAACAUCGCCCAUGAAGAAGAGGUCUUCUCCGAGACGUCGCAAAACUGCGGCCGUUGACGAAAUAAAGCGGCGGGUGUCGAGAGUGGCCGACAACGACGAGGAUGCCAUCGAGGAUGAGGAUGCCAUCAUCGUCAAGAAGAACACCCUGCGCCGUACAUCGACCGGAUCUCGGUUCACUGAAGAUCUCGACAUGGAGAAGCGUCCAGCGUCGAGACCCAACUCUCGACACAGUGCGUACAAUCGCGCGACUGGCAUCGUGAAGCGAACAACAUACUCUGUCAAGUCAGCCAAGUCGUCGAUGGACCUCAAGCGCCAGCCAAUCACCGAAGAUGACGAUAACAUAACAUUGGGCAAGCAGAUCUCCAACUCGAAUGGCCGCAGCAUGAGCAAAGUGUCGAGCACGAAGGAAGACGAAGAUGAGGAGGACGAAGAUGAGAUGGACGUCGAUGAUGAUGAGGAUGAAGCGAGCGAAGAAGAUGACGAGGAAGAGCCGAUGAUCGAGAAGCCGAAACGCAACAGCUCCAUCUUCAGCCUGGCGAAUUUGACCGGCAAGUGGAAGCAGACGAAAUUGACUUUUGGGAAGGCGCCAUAG